CCGCCGGUGUCCGAGCCUGAGGUGCCAGUUGGCUGAAGAUGGCUGACCACUGCAGCUUGCUCGACAAUCCCUCAUGGCCAUGCAUAAUACAAACUCGGUUGAUUCUCAAUCCGACUGGUCAACAAGCUAAUCAUCAUCAUCCAGCCCAAAACUCAAAAAAAAAAGAAAAAAACCCACAUCAAGAGAAUAUCGAAAUAGAAUCGACCCUCCACAGCAAUAUACAUAAGAACACCAUGACUCUCUAAAAACCAAACCAUCCUAAACCCACCAACGAUGGCCACCAACAACCAGUCACUCGCAGCCUCACCAUCCCACCCAGCAUCCUCCCUACUCAUCCUACCCAGCCCCAGCCAUUCAACCAUCACCCCAAGCACCCCCACUACGACCACCACGACUACCACUGCUACCACUCCACCUAACUGCGCCGACGAGGACAAUAACAAUACCCCAACACUCGCCCACAUGCCCGCCCUACCCGCUCCCAUCCAGCCUAAUAACUUCAACAACGACCAUCACCGCUUACCCUGGCUCACCCCCUUACCAACAACAACAACAACAACCAACAUCUCAUCCUCAUCAUCCUCAUCAUCAAUCUCAUCAGCCUCAUCCUCAUCAGCCUCAUCAGCCUCAUCCUCCCAACUCUCCUCCCCCUCCUCAUCCUCAUCCUCAUCCCCAUCUCUCUGUCGACACCAAACCCUAGAACCACUAGAAACCGACCCCCCAACGAUCUGCUUCUCAUCAUCUCUAUCUCUAUCAGUCCCACCAGCCUCAACACUACCACUACCCAGCCCACAACACACCACCAAAACUACCCAGCCUAUCUUCCUCCUCCCCGGGCCUGCACUCACUCACCCUUUCCUCAACCUCUCCUCCCCUCAUCCACUCAACCCCCCGCCCAACUUCGCUAUCGUCGCUCCCGGUUUAUUUCGUUCGAGCUUUCCUAAACCUGAAAACUUUGAAUUCUUGGCUAAACUCAAAUUACGGACAAUCUUAACUUUGGUUCAGGAACCUUACCCUAUUGAGCUCGUUAAACACUACGAAAGAGUCGGGAUAAAAUUGAUUCAGUAUCCCAUCCCUGGAAACAAAGAACCGUUUGUACAUAUUCCCGAAGACAAGAUCAGAUUAGCGCUUCGUCAAGUCUUGGACACCCGGAAUCAUCCGAUGCUGAUCCAUUGUAACAAAGGAAAACAUCGAACGGGAUGUUUAGUAGGGUGUUUGAGGAAGCUCCAGCAUUGGUCCUCGACGGCCAUCUUUGACGAAUACCGACGCUACGCAUUCCCCAAGUCGCGUAACAUGGACCAACAAUUCAUCGAGCUCUUUGACCAUUCUCCCGUUUGGGAAGAAGUCGAGCCCGACUUCGCACCCGAAUGGUUCGACUUGUCUAUGUGACAUCCCCCCCCCCCUUUCUUCUACCCUCUCUUCCUAUACCGUGGACGCUCUCGCUUUCCUUCCGUAGCAACUCCUCACUAUCUCUCUCUGUCUCCCCCUUUUCUCUCUUUCUUUUUAUCCCCCUCCCAAAAAAUUGUGCCUCAACUCUCUUUCUCUCUCUCUCUCUCUCUUUGAUGCAUUUUCUUUCUUUCUCUUCUCUUCUUUCCCUUUUUUUUAUAAAAAAAAACAAUUAACUUAACCCAUCUUUUCUCUUUUCUGUCUUUUUUUUUCUUCAUUAUCAUUAUUAUUGCUCUUUUCCUCCUUUCCUGCUUUCGUUCAUAUUUUUUUGGACUACUUUUAAAUGACUGAUCAGCUAUAAUCAACCACCCAACAAAAAUGAAAAACUCUGUCUUUCCUCUUCUACCUUCUAUUUCUUUUGUUUUCUUUUCCUUUGUUUGCUUUUGAUUUGUUUUUUUUGGUAUUCUAACUACCCUUCAUUUCUUUUUUUAUUAAACUUAUAACAACCACUCACAUCCUUCAAUUUUAAUACCUUUUUUCCAGGUUGGACUGUGCAUGUCACAGACAGUUGAAAUCACUUUGAAAUGUGCAUGCUGAUUAAUGUCUCACCCACA